AUGAGCACACCUACCACUUCCGCCCGUAUCUUCCUCGUCCGCCACGGCGAGACAGACUGGAUCACUGGCGGGAAAUUCGCUAGUCGGACUGAUGUACCACUUUCGAAAAUGGGUGAGAGAGAUGUCGAGUUGAUUCGGCAGCGGCUUGUUGCUGAGAAUGAGAUGAUUGAUCCGACGGGGAUUGCGAAGAUAUACUGCUCCCCCCGAAUCAACGCCCGCCGCACAGCCGAAAUCCUCCAACUAGGAAUCCAUAACCACCUACACUUCCUGGACCGCGAGACAGGGAAAAAAUGGAAGACACCGUCGGAGAUCCAGGGUGAGACGGUAGAUUCAUACAUCCAUUUGACCAAGUGGUUGGAAGAAUGGGAUUAUGGCGAUUAUGAGGGGAUGACACUGCAUGGGAUUCAGGAAGCCAGGGUGAAGGAGUAUGGGGAUCCGACGUGGGAUAUUUGGAGGGAGGGGUGUCCUGGUGGAGAAUCCCCACAACAAGUCAGCGAUCGCCUCGACGAACUCAUUGCCGAAAUCAAAAACGUUAUUGAGGGAAACUCGGCUAGUUGGCCCGGUGGCCAGAUUGUUUCUCAUCGGAGUAAGCAUGCGCAGGAUAUUGUGUGUGUGGCUCAUGGGCAUAUUUUGGCUGCGAUGGCGAUUCGGUGGGUUGGGUUGCCGUUGGAUACGGGGAUGAUGAGGCUGAUUUUUGAGCCGGGGGGUGUGGCUGUUUUGGGGUUCGAGCAUGAUAAUAUCAAUCAGCCGGCUAUCGUUGUGGGUAGGAAGCCUGGUCCUUCGGAUCGGAUGUUGUGA